CGUGGGUACUGGCAUCGCCUUUCCACAGGAGAGGCUGGAGCAUCCCAGCCCUGCCCGGGAGAGGGGAAGGGGCAGCACGGCUGGGCAGCCCCGCCUGGCACGGGGAUGGGAACAGGGGCACUGGGGUCCCCUCACGCUGGAGGAAGAUGAGGACGAUGCAAAAGCCGGAUCCUCAUAGCGUGGGAAAGACUCGAGCUGCCGGCGUCGGAUCCGGGGAUUUAUGCUGCUAAUCUGAUUAGUGUAUGAUGGACGUGUCCAGUUGGAAGGAGAUGGAGGUGGCACUAGUCAGUUUUGACAACGCUGAUCAGAUCGUGGAGGAUCCCUGUUAUUCAAACGACCUCAGCCCCGCCGGGCAGUCGCGGAAGGGCCACCCCAGCUGCGCCAACCUGCUCUCCAACCUGAGGAUCCUCAUCAACAGCGAGAACGCCAACAAUGAGACCAUCUUCUCCAGGUUCUCUGCCGAGUUCAGUGACCACCUGGUGGGGGAGAGGGUGGGCAUGGACGAGGGGGACCAACGAGUCAUCAUCAACAUCGCUGGGCUGAGGUUUGAGACGCGGCUCAAGACCCUCGACCAGUUCCCUGAGACCUUGCUCGGGGACCCGGAAAAGAGGAUGCGCUACUUCGACUCCAUGAGGAAUGAGUAUUUCUUUGACAGGAACAGGCCCAGUUUUGAUGGGAUCCUGUACUAUUACCAGUCCGGUGGGAAAAUACGGCGCCCGGCCAACGUCCCCAUCGACGUCUUUGCCGAUGAAAUCACCUUCUAUGAGCUGGGCGAUGAAGCCAUGGACCAGUUCAGGGAGGAUGAAGGGUUCAUCAAGGAUCCUGAGACCCUUUUACCAACCAAUGACUUUCACAGGCAAUUCUGGCUGCUCUUUGAGUACCCCGAAAGCUCCAGUGCGGCCCGGGGCGUAGCUUUGGUCUCCGUCCUGGUCAUUGUCAUCUCCAUCAUCAUCUUCUGCAUGGAGACCUUGCCGGAGUUCCGAGAGGAAAGGGAGUUCAAGUCUGCCCAGGAGCUUUCUAGGAAUGUGACAGACACCUUGCUGGCCCACAGCACCUUCACGGACCCUUUCUUCGUCAUAGAGACCGCCUGCAUCGUCUGGUUCUCCUUCGAGCUCUUUGUCCGUUUCAUCGUGUGCCCCAGCAAGACUGAGUUCUUCAGAAACAUCAUGAACAUCAUUGACAUCGUGUCCAUCAUCCCCUACUUCGUGACGCUCACCACCGAGCUGAUCCAGCAGAGCGAACUCAACGGGCAGCAGAACAUGUCCUUGGCCAUCCUGCGGAUCAUCCGCCUCGUCCGGGUCUUCCGCAUCUUCAAGCUCUCCCGGCACUCCAAGGGGCUGCAGAUCCUGGGGCAGACCCUCAAGGCCAGCAUGCGGGAGCUGGGCCUGCUCAUCUUCUUCCUCUUCAUCGGCGUCAUCCUCUUCUCCAGCGCCGUUUACUUCGCCGAGGUCGACGAGCCCCAGUCCCACUUCUCCAGCAUCCCCGACGGGUUCUGGUGGGCCGUGGUGACCAUGACCACGGUGGGCUACGGAGACAUGUGUCCCACCACCCUGGGGGGGAAGAUCGUGGGCACCCUGUGCGCCAUCGCGGGGGUUUUGACCAUCGCGCUGCCCGUCCCCGUCAUCGUCUCCAACUUCAACUAUUUCUACCACCGGGAGACGGAGAACGAGGAGAAGCAGAUCCUGCCCGGGGAGGUGGAGCGGCUCCUGGCCAGCGUGGCAACGGGCAACGGCAGCAUGGAGUCCCUCAAUAAGACCAAUGGGGGUUACCCUCGAGACAAGGCCAAAAAAUGAUGCUUGAGGCCAUGGUGGGACUGGGCACUGUCAGGUGGGAUUGGCUGGAAAAGGUAUCAAAUAUCUGCAUGCUCUGAUUUAAUUUUUUUUUUUUUUAAACCAAAUGUGCUGCUGCUUUUUUUUUUUCUAGACGUUUUUCAAUCUCUGAUUUCCUGUGGCUGUUCAAAUAAAUACCAUCUUUCUUAUCUCUCUGCCCUGCCCAUCAGUCUGGUGUUUUUUAUUUGAUGCUCAUCUGCUUUGACACAUCUGUCCUCUGUCCGUGGCAUCAGAGUGGAAUUCCCCACAUUCAGAGAUUUCCCCCAUUUACUGGAGAUGAAAAAGGGCAAAAUGACAUUAAAUGCUUUGCUUGGUGGCACCCAACUGGCCAGGGAUGAAGAUGGGUCCAGCUCCCUGUUUCUUUAAUCCAUUGAAAUAAUUCCUCCCCACCUGCCACUUCAGAUCUGGGGAUCUGACCAAUUCCCAGACCUGGACUGCUCUGCCUGAAAAAUAAGCUGGCAAAAAGAAAUUAGAAGGGAUAUUUUUAGCUGGAUGAGUUCCCUGGUCUGCCUGACUAAUUAAUUUUGCUGGCACAGCAGUGAUGGAUGGACCCAAGCCAGCAGGUGAGGGGAUUAGAAGGACAGGGACAGUGACCAGGGAUGGUGGCACAGCCACAAGGAACAUCCAGGGCACCGGGGUUUGUGAUGGGAAACUGAGCUCUGAGAGAGGGAAUGGGAUUUCUCCUGCAACAAAACGGGAUUUCUCCUGCAGCAAAUGCUCAGUUUGGGGGUUAUCUGAUAUGCAAACACGUUUGGGGACAAGCCACAGUGACCCUGUAGUUUUUAUUGCCACUUCUGUUGCUGCAAAUGUGGCACAGAGAAAAUCCCCAGAGAAAACAAGGCCUGACGUUUCCCUGUUGUAAAAAGGCACUUCUGAUUUGCUAAAACAUGCAAAUUUCCAGUGGCACUUUGAUGGGAGAAGCCAGCAGCAGUUCAUUUUGCCUUUCUCUCCAAUGCCAGCAGGUUUUCUUCUGACAAAGACGUUUUGUUGCCACUUCACUGUCUCACUCAGCUGUUCCUUUGGAUGUCUCUGCCUCCAUCAAAUCACAGUUUCUUGUGCAGUGUCUCCCGUCUGCUGUUAUCCCACAUCUGCUACCUUUGAUGUCUCAUCUCCUGAAGGUUCCACCAUCCCUGGUUUGCAACUUCAUUCAGGAAGCAGUGGUGAAACAGGGAUUAGGUCUGAUUAAUCCUGGUGUGAUGGGAAAUGCGAGUUUGGGCUUGUUGGGAUUUCCCCCGUGGCAGAAAUCCCACAGCUCUGAUUGGUGGGGGUGGUUGGCUUGGUUUGGGGCAUUUAUUUUUUUUUUGUGCACUGUCUUUCUGCAAUAAGGUGUUUUGCAUCCCAGGGGAUGGAUCUGAGACACAACAAGUACAAACCCUCUCUCAUCUGGGACAGAUCUUUUCAUCUGCUCUCCUUGUUUUUUCCCCCAUCCCUCCACCAUCCUUUUCUUUACUCCAUCCCUUGCAAACCCCCUACUAUCAUCUCAGGCAGGAGAAGCUGUGAGAGCUAUUUAAUUUCCUUCCCACUCUGUUCAAGUUCUGCUCGUCUGUGGGGACGAUUGGAGGAGGCACAGCUGGGAACAGCUGGAGAAGGCACAGCUGGGAACAGCUGGGAACAUCCCCAGCUCCUCCCCCUUCAUCACUCCAUUCUCUCCAGCAGCUCUUCCACAUCCUUUUUUUCAUUUCAUAACAGCUUCUCUUUCCUUUUCCUCUGGAAAACUUAAACUUUUUACAUUCUUUUACGUUUUUCAUGGUCCCCUCCCCAAAUUCUCUCCCAGCCCCUCAAAUCUGAAGCACUUUUGAUGUUUACUCCUUGGGAAAUCACCACAGGAAACUGAUGAAAAGGUUUGGGCUGGGAAAUAUUUGGCCAUAAGCUCCUCACUCCUUCUGCUCCCUCAGCAAACAUGGACCAUACUGGUGCUGGGAUGGAUGGAUGGAUGGAUGGAGGAAUGGAUGGAGUGAUGGAUGGAUGGAGGGAGGGACAGAUGAAAGGAUGAACAACCUGAUUCUUAUUCACUUGUAAACUUUAUCUUCAAAUAAAGGAAUAAAUGCUUCAAA